UUCCCAUUGAGAAACAAACGAAAGAAAAAGGUUUUCCCGGAAUAAUUUUUCGCUGCGCGACUUUCUUGACAGCCAAACAGGAAGGCUUUGAAUUCAGAAGAGUCUCGAAGAAGAAUCGAUGAAGCCGAUUCGGCUUCCUGAGCCGCCCAGUCCCAAAGUCGGCGCCGGCGUCGCGGACAUCUUCGAAGGUGGCGUCUAUGGCGUCGUUAGGCGCGCCGUCGUGAUCGGAAAUGGAUUUGCUGGCUCCGAGAAUCAGAGCAUCGGUUUGGUUCGCGCUUUAGGUCUCGCCGAUAAACAUGUCUUAUAUCGGGUAACAAGACCAAAAGGAGGAAUAAAUGAGUGGCUCCACUGGCUUCCGGUUUCCUUUCAUAAAAAGUUGGAUUACAUUAUAAGGCAGAUAUGUGGUUCCUCAAGACUUCUGUUAAAAUCUAGAGGGCGUAGAGUUAUGUCUCUACCUUCAGAAAAUGGUGGCACUGGAGGGUUAUCAUCUGUUUUAGAAGCUGAUUUGAAGCAAAUUGUAAACAUGGCUCGUGAGACUUCGGAAAAGGAUGGGCCACUAUUGGUGGUUGCUUCUGGCAGAGAUACCAUUUCUAUUGCAAGUUCCAUAAAACGCUUAGCAUCUGAAAACGUUUUUGUUAUCCAGAUACAACAUCCAAGGACACAAUUGAAUCGCUUUGACUUGGUCAUCACUCCUCAUCAUGAUUAUUAUCCGUUGACCCCUCAAGGACAGGAGCAGAUUCCUCGGUUUCUUCGGAAGUGGAUAACCCCGCAUGAACCUCCUGACAAGCAUGUGGUCCUCACCAUAGGAGCUUUGCAUCAAAUUGAUUCUGCUGCUCUUCGCAGUGCAGCUAGGGUGUGGCAUGAGGAGUUUGCACCUUUGCCAAAGCCGUUACUGGUGGUCAACAUUGGUAGCCCUACAGGCUGCUGCCGUUAUGGUGCCGACCUUGCAAAGAAUUUGACAUCCAGUUUGCUUAGCGUUCUUGUUAGCUGCGGCAGCAUCAGAAUAUGUUUUUCUGAUAGGACUCCUGAAAAGGUCUCAAAUAUUAUUGUGAAAGAGCUUGGAGAUAAUUCUAAGGUUUACAUUUGGCGUGGUGAAGAACCAAACCCACACAUGGGCCACCUAGCUUGGGCCGAUGCUUUUGUUGUCACAGCAGAUUCUGUCAGUAUGAUAAGUGAAGUUUGCAGCACUGGGAAACCUGUCUAUGUUAUGGGUGCUGAGUAUUGUAAAUGGAAACUCUCUGACUUCCAUAAAUCUCUGAGGGAUCGAGGAGUGAUUCGGCCAUUUACAGGCUCUGAAGAUAUAUCGGAAAGCUGGAGUUAUCCUCCCCUUAAUGACACUGCUGAAGCGGCUUCUAAGGUGCAUGAAGCACUUGCUGAACGGGGAUGGAGAUUGCGGCCAUAGAGAAGCAGUCGAUUGGCAUUUUAAGACGCUGUUCUUUCUGGCGUUGUUAAAAGGCUUCACCUUAAAAUUUAGGUUUGUUUAAAGGCACAUAUAGGAAAGAUAACUAGAGGGGUUUUUUUUUUUCCUUUGAAAUUCAAUUCGUUUUCCCUUGGGGGUAUUGAGAGAUGCUGAAUAAAGGAAAGCUGAUCUUAAAACGCGGCUUGUAAAGUAGAAGAGAAACAAGCUUGUCUUUUUGAUGUUGAAAAGCCUUUUGAAGGUUGGGUUUGUGAUUUGUGUUGCAAAAGGUAUUUUUUUUUGUAAUAUAAACGCAGUUACAUAUUUUAUUUGAUCUACAAAGAUGCAAUGACAAAAUCUAACAGUCCCAUUGAUAUGCCUAA